AAUAUAUAUAUCUUUCUCUCCAACAUUCAUAUGACCACAAACCUAGGCCGCCACCACCAAAAAUGUCUCAUGCCGUGGUGGCGCCGCCCUGUUUCCCCACCGUGAGGUCGGCGGCGAACUGACCAAGGCAGAAAGCAAACAUGAAGAAGGUGGCUAACACGAAACGAAACAGAAGCAGCGUUGGAGCAGCAGUGGGGUUCGGUGGAGAGAUGAAGGAGGUUCGGUGGCAGUGCGUGGAACUGCCUACACGGUACCAUUGCUAAUCCUCUCGAUUUUCAAACCUCUUGUAUCAGAGGUUCUACAAGUCACCUAACUCAGUCACGAACAAGGCAAGGACUCAAAUUAGGAACAAGCAGCAAAUUUUGUCCCAGAUCCAAGCCAGAUCUAUUCCGCCACUUUUGGAAGGCAAAAAUGUUCUUGGAGCUGCAAGGACAUGUUCUGGAAAGACCCUUGCUUUUCUGAUAUCUGCUGUGGAGUUGUUACAUCAAAUCUGAACGGGGGUAAUUGUCAAUUGCCCAACUAGGGAACUUGCCAUACAGACACAUGCAAUGACAAAGGACCUUCUCAAUCAUCAUUCACAGACUCUUGGCAUGGUUAUUGGUGGUGCAGCUCACAAGGGAGAAGCUGAGCGUAUUGUGAAAGGAGUAAAUCUGUUAGUAGCAACCCCUGGCCGACUUCUUGACCACCUACAGAACACUAAGGGAUUCAUAUAUAAAAAUCUAAAGGGAGCAGCAAACAGAAAGGUAGCUGCCACUAAUAUGAAUCUAGCAAGUAGCCGUUCUCAUAGUGUGUUUACAUGCAUCAUUGAAAGUAAGUGGGAAUCCCAAGGGGUAACUCAUCACCUGUUCGCUCGACUUAAUCUUGUAGAUUUAGCAGGUUCUGAAAGGCAGAAGAUUUCUAGUGCUAAAGGUGAACGUUUGAAGGAAGCUACUAAUAUCAAGUCUCUUUCAACAUUAGGGUAUGAGCUGCUAUCUUAUUUUAUUGGGUGGGAUUAUUUUAUCCAUAGUUAUGAUCCAAUAUAUACUCUUUCUACUGAUGUUAUUUCAAGCUUGGUUGCUCUAAGAAGGAAAACUUUUGAAGACGAAAUCCAAGAUACUAGGAAUUUUCUAAUAUAAAGAUAUGGGCGGCACAAGCCCGGUGUUGAUGCAAUUGAAUCAAUCCAUGAUGGUACACUCGCAGGAAGAUAUUUGGGUAAAUUUUUUACCGUUUAGAACUUAAAGAUAGGGCUUGUUUGGUUUGUUUUUGGGAGAAUUGUUUUUGAAAAAAAUUUGGGAGAGUU